AUGGCUGCGGCGGCGUCUCUUUCGCUGAAACCGCCGGCGAAAUUCUACUUCGGCGGAAACCGACGCGACGGAGUAAAGAGAACUUCCGAUGGAUUUUCUGUCGCACGAGUUUCUCGAGGCGAACGGUUUCAUGAGAGUAUCGUCCGUCUCUCUGCCUCGACUGUGCUUUUCCUCGGUUUAAGCCUUCGCGUCUGCUCUCCGGCCUCCGCUCGAAUACCUCCACCAGUAAUCGCUUCACAUUCCGUUACAGAGAAUGAAAUCGAGUCCGAAACUGUAGCAGGUGAGGAGAACCAUGAAGUUCCAAAUGAAGAUGAAGAGAGAAAAUUGGAAGCAGAUUUCGAAGCUUACAAGGCUAAAGUGUAUUCUCUGACUGUACCGCUAAAAGUCGUUGCCCUGCGUGGCUCAGUGCCACCAUCAUGGAUCAAGGAUUUCAUGAGCUCACAAGGGAAGAGAGUGAGGCUAAAAACCAGAUUCCAAGGGAAUCUUGAGGAAAUUCUCUCCGAUCUAUCGAUGCCAACAAGAAAAGGCAAAAAAGGGUCUGCUUCAACUUCUGCAGCUGAUAUGAUCAGCAUUGGUGAUUCUUGGCUUAGUUUCGCGAUUAAAGAAAAGCUGAUUGAGCCAAUGAAAGGGAUAGAAGAUCAAGACUGGUAUAAAGGCUUGAGUGAUAAAUGGAAGGUUUAUCUCCGCAGGAACAACGCGGGAGAGAAAGCUCGUGACGGCGAAACGUGGGCUGUGCCAUACCGAUGGGGAAGCAUGGUAAUAGCAUACAAGAAGAGCAAAUUUCAGCAGUAUAAAUUGGCUCCAAUAGAGGACUGGGCUGAUCUGUGGCGACCGGAGCUUGCGGGGAGGAUCUCAAUGGUGAAUUCUCCUAGAGAGGUUGUUGGUGCUGUUCUCAAAUACAUGGGAGCAUCAUACAACACGACAGACCUUGAUUCACAAGUUACUGGUGGAAGAACCGCUCUGGAGAAAAAUCUAGCAUCGCUUAUGAAACAGGUCUUUUGCUCUCGCUCUCUCUCUCUCUCUCUCUCCAUAGUAAAAAUGAUAAUGUCUGCUCAUAUUUGCUUCUCCUUUUGCUCACAGAUUAGACUGUUUGACAGUAGCAACUAUCUAAAAGCUUUCAAUGUCGGGGAUGUCUGGGUCACUGUCGGUUGGAGCAGCGAUGUAAUCCCUGUCGCAAAACGUAUGUCAAACGUUACAGUGAUUGUUCCAAAAUCCGGUGCCACCUUAUGGGCUGAUCUAUGGGGUCCUCUAGUUAGAGAACCCGAAGAAACAAAGAAAAGCAGAGCGAAACUGGAUACAAACCUCGUUUCUGGUGUUCCUCUUCCAGAGAUUUUGUCCAAGUGUGAGUUCUUGGAACCUUUACCAGAGGCUACGCUAUUGGAAUACCGGGAUCUGAUCGAUACUGUAAGGAGACAAAGCCAAGGAGCUGGCCUUGUGGAGAAACUACAAGACAUGGUUUCGAUUUGGGUUCGAGGAUUUAGGACAAAGCUUCAGCCUCAGAUGAAGAACAACACUUGA